CGUCACUUCCUCUCCCACCGCGAGCGCGACCCGACAAGACGCGAGCAGCGCUUCGCCGCCGCCGUCGCCGCACAAUCCGAGCCCAAUCCUCCUCGACCGUGCGCCAUCCGAACCCCGGCAACGCAUCCCGCGCAGCGCCAUGGCCUCCGUAUCCGAACUCGCGUGUAUUUACAGCGCUCUCAUCCUCCACGAUGACGAAGUCGCCAUCACGGAAGACAAGAUCAACGCGCUGAUCAAGGCAGCUGGAGUCACAGUGGAGCCAUUCUGGCCCGGACUCUUCGCCAAGGCACUGGGCUCCAUUGACCUGGGCAGCCUCAUCUGCAACGUGGGGGCCGGAGGCGCAGCGCCAGCAGCGUCCGCGGGAGGGGCUCCAGCCAGCGGCCCAGCACCAGCUGCAGAAAAGAAAGAGGAGGAGAAAAAGAAGGACGAGUCGGACGAAGAGGAAGACGACGACAUGGGUUUCGGACUGUUUGACUAGGCCUCUGAUUCGGUUGGCAAUAAAAUCGUUGCGAUAACAAA